CACAAGGUUAAAAACAGUGAACUGGGAAACUUUGAUCAUCCAGCAACGGGUCUGGAGAGAUCAUGCUGGUUAUCCUAGCAGAGAGGCCAUCAUGUUGGUUAUCCUAGCAGAGAGGCCAUCAUGUUGAUUAUCCUAGCAGUUGCUCUCGCUGCGUAUGUUCUGAUCUACUACAACGUGUUUAGAGGAGCAAGACACAGAGGCGCUGCGACGCUGAGAGGAAAGACAGCGAUCAUCACCGGUAGUGACACCGGCAUUGGAAAAGCAACAGCCUUGGACCUGGCCAAGCGAGGGGCCAGAGUUAUUCUAGCCUGCCGAAACCAGCAACAAGCGGAAGCGGCUGCAUAUGACAUUAGGAGGGAGAGCGGGAAUACGGCAGUGUUGUACAUGCACUUGGAUCUCGCCAGCUUGAAAUCCGUGCGCUCGUUCUCCGAGACGUUUCUGAAGAGCGAGCCCAGACUCGACCUGCUCAUCAACAACGCAGGCAUGGUGGGUCCAGGCAGGACAGAGGAUGGCUUCGGCAUGGCGUUCGGCGUCAACCACCUGGGCCACUUCCUGCUGACCCUCCUGCUGCUCGACUGUCUGAAGGCGUCGGCGCCGAGCCGCGUGGUCUGCGUCUCUGCCCGGCUGCACCGCCUGGGCUCCGUGGACUUCAGCGUUCUUCAGGCCCACAGGGAUCUGGUAGCAGGCAGCUCCUGCUGGCACUGCUUCUGGGCCUACUGCCAUAGUAAGCUGUGUAGCGUGCUCUUCGCCCGCGAGCUCGCCAACCGCCUGGAGGGCACUGGUGUCACCUGCUACAGUCUGCAUCCUGGCGCGACUCACACCCACUUCCUUCGCCACGUGAGUCUGUGGCUGAGGGUGUUCCUGCUGCCCUUCUCCAAGCUGUUCUUCCUGGAUCCGGAAGGGGGCGCUCAGACCACGCUGCACUGCGCUCUGCAGGACGGCUUGGAGCCUCUGAGCGGGCGCUACUUCUCCUCCUGCGCGCUGCAGGAGGCCAGCGCGGCCGGCCGGGAUGACGCGCUGGCCCGGAAGCUGUGGGAGGUGAGCGAGAGGCUGUGCGGUCUGGCGUGAGCAGCCGUGCCUUUCCCCGGGAAAGGAAAUGACCUCGGCUGUCGUGCUUCGCCAAUGAGCCCCGGGCGCUUGUUGUCACGGACACCGGCUCUUUUAACCGUCAGGUUUUAUUGCUUCAGAUUAACCCGCCGUUGAACUUCCACAAAAAGCCUUUUACCACAUUUAUCUGCUGUCUUCUCAUAUCUGAAAGUGUUUCAACAACACACUAGCAACGCUACUGACACGUUUGAUACUUGUAUAAUAAAAGUAACGAUAAUUUAAAUAAAAAAAUGACUGACUUUCAGAUCCAAGUCUCUCCCUACAGAUGGACCUCAGAUGGUUUGUUUAGAACUGGUUCUGUCUUUAUUCUUAUGUGUGCAUUGCAUCGUAGGUUCCACAGUCGAAUAUUUCCACCAUUUUGUGUUACUAAUUCCUCUGAACGCGUGUUUUUAAUAAAUAAAGCUUGGAUAACAGUGA